UUAUCGAUAAGGCGCAUGGAUGGAUCGAGAGCGCAUCCACCCUCCUCAGUAUCUCGCCGGGUGUUCAUCUGUAGUCAUCAUGCUGUUCAAAUGCGGCAUUUAUUUCAUCUUGCAAGUGAUAAUCCUCCACGUUUCUCCGGGAAGAUCUCAGUAUCGUUUCCAGAAAACCCCUCGCUACGAUCGCCGCUUCUCCACUCAACUAUUCCAUGUCAUCGAAUUCUACAAGCAACCCGAUCCGGUGGGCCUUCCGAUGGCUUCGAUUCCGGAUCCGCUUUCGAUCCCUCCGUUCCGACAAUCGAUUGCCUUCACCGCUAUGGAAAUGCGGGACCUGAAGACGUACGGAUUGUCCCGGUUGAGGAUUCGUCUCUUCGAGGCCAAACUGAGCAGCAUGGUUCUAAGGUUGGAAGUUAGCAUGGAUGAACUGUUGGUGAACGGAAGUUACGCGAUCAACAUGGGAUCCAGUGGGCCAUUUUGGCUGAAGAUGAAGAACGUCCGGACGAUGGGAAACGUGUCACUAGGGGUGGAUCGCGAGGGAAUUCUACGCACUCGGGACAUUGAGUUGGAUUUCGGGUUCGAAGAUAUGGCGAUGGAUUUCCAGAAUCUGGGAUGGUUCGGUCGGGUGUUUCAAGGAUUGGCGAACGCCGCUCCCAAUAUGGUUUUUGAUAUGGUUAAGCCGUAUAUGCUGAAGGAAGUUCACGUCAAGCUGCAGAAUGAAAUCGAUUCACAGAUUGAACAACAGGUAGACAAACGAGCAAUUGUAUUGGCGAAUUCGGUGCCCCCCUUAGAUUUAAUGAUUUCCGAAGCGCGAUUCCUGAUGCGAACCAAAGGCUUCGACCCUUACCACAUUCCGGACUAUCGGAACUCGCUAAGCAUCUUCAAUUUGUUCUUAAGCGGCACCCGCUUACGAGGAUUAUCGAACUUCUAUCGCAGCGGAGAGAUGGAAAUUGCAGUCCAAAAUAAAAGCAUGGCCUGCACGAUCCAAGUAGGAACCGGGAGAAUCGAGGGGUCCACGCGGUGGCAGCUGUCUGUUAUACGAGAUGUGCUUUCUAGAUCGGGAGCAAUUUUCUUUUCCGUCCAAUAUGUGCGACUGUCCAUCAAAGUAAACCAGCCGUUGGAUCUGCGAAAGAAGCCUUCUUUGAUGGAUUUCCAGCUGGAGCUGGGAAACAUUCAGAUUUUCAGCUCCGGCGCUGGCUCGAUGGAUUACCUGGUGGAAGCCGGAGUGAACAUUGUGCCGAAUUUGUUGCGCUCCCAGGUUGUGGAUGCCAUCGAGAGGCCUUUGAGGGUGCGAAUUCGCGAGAAGCUGGAGUGCAUCAAUGUGGAGCAAUUUGUCAAACGGCACGUGGCCGAUUUUGAACGAAGGGGAACCAAUAUGGUUGUGGAUUGGAGACUUUGCGAGCGGAAAUUGCCGGAAAAAUAAAUGUAUUUGGUGCUACGCAAGUUCAUUACGGAACCAAUCGCGAGUGGGUGUGUUUUCGUAUUUGUUUCCUAUGAUAAAUAAUCGGAUUAAAUCUCUAUCAAGGGUU